AAACCCAAGCCAUCAUCAUCUAUCUAGACUAGAGCAAGCUAAGCUCGGCUAGCAUUCCAGAAGCUGCAUCUAUUAUCAGCUACCUCUCGAUUCAUCGCUUGCGAUCGAAUGGAGAAGAUGAACGUGGUUGCGAGCAGGAAGCAGCCCGGCGACUGGAGCUGCCGGUCGUGCCAGUACGUGAACUUCUGCAAGCGCGACGCGUGCCAGCGCUGCGGCGAGGGCAAGCUGGGCGUGGAGCGCACGGACUACGCGGCGCUGGGCGGCGACUGGGACGUGAAGCCCGGCGACUGGUACUGCUACCGCUGCGGCGUGAACAACUACGCCUCCCGCGCCAGCUGCUUCAAGUGCGCCGCCGCCAAGAACGAGUCCACGGCCGCCGUCGCGCAGGGCUGGGGGUACACCGUCGCCGGCCAGGCCGGAAUGAUGCCCGGGGACUGGAUCUGCCCAAGACUGGGUUGCAACGUGCAGAACUACGCCAACCGAACCGAGUGCUUCCGGUGCAGUAUGCCCAAAUCAUACUACGGUUGAUGGGGCGCGGCGGCCGGCCGGGCAACUACGUAAACUGAUGAGCAAAACAAACAAAAAAAAGACAUAAUAAGCCGUACGAUGAGCUUGAAGAGAGAGCUAGAUACUGAUGAUGGUUGGUCAACACGCCACGAGGACAUUUAACCAUUUUCCUUUCUUUUUUUGUCACCCUUUCGAAUGAUGCAUGUAACUAUAUUCACCCUUUCGAGCAGCAACUGAAGCUAAAUAGGAGAGGAGGAAUGUGAAACAAAACCCAAAAAAAAAACGUGACUGAUCGAUUAUGCCAACACUAUGUCAGUCUGUUGUUUGUCCCGUACGUCCCUUUUUUCCCAAUAAAAAGCCGAGGUUGAAGAAA